UGGAAGAGGGCGUCCUUCAGCUCCCUCUGGAAGCCAGUGGCAGUGCGUUCUGCAAGCCAGGCUUGCCUUGGCCCUGCCAGGGGUUUUUCUUCCGAGUCUGCAGUGCAGCCUCAACCUCUAGCGCGCGCGAGAGAAAAGCAGACAGGCUGAGUCGGAGACGCCUCCGCCCGGGUCUUUCCCCCGCCGGGCCGGGCUUCUCGUCGCGUCCUGCCCCCGCCGCCCUGUCGCGCCGCCGCCGCCGCUUUCUCCUUCUCCUGCCGGCGAGCUGGGCUGUCCCUCCCGCGCCCGUCUAAGGAGGCCGCCGCCAGAGGGCGGGCCGGGGUAGGCCGCGCGGGCGGCGGGGCCUGGCUGGGCCGGCCAGCAGACAGACGUGGCGGCUCCCGGUUCGUGGCCGGCCCUGAGGCGGCGCCCUGCAGGGCGGGCAGGCCGAGCCGGGCCCGGCCGGGAGGGGAUGUCGGCCUGCGGAGGCCCCGUCCUCGCCGCCGCCGCCUCCCCGCCGCCACCCCUGGCCUCGUCCUCGUCGGCGGCAGUGCCCGUAGCGCCUCCCCCUGCUGCCGCCGCCGCUGCUCCCGCCCAGGGCUGGCUGGGCGCUUCUUCCCGCAUGGCCCGGAGGCCGGAGGUGCUGUGCGGCGCGGCGGUGGUGCUGGGCUGCGCCUUCCUCGCCGCCCUCAAAGUCACCUGCAGCCGCGCAAAAGAUGUGACGAUGCCAGCAAAGCUUCCGGUUAACUUCUUCUCUGUAACGUCUCCAGUCCAUGAUCUUUUCCUUGGUCAGUUGGACCAUGCAGAAGACAUUCGCCAGGAUUCGGAAAUCUCACUGUUCUUUUUCUACGCUCCAUGGUGUGGGCAGUCAGUGGCUGCAAAAGAAGAGAUUGAUAAAGUGGCCCGCAGUUUGGCAGACCAGGUGUUGUUUGUGGCCAUCAACUGUUGGUGGAACCAGGGGAAAUGCAGGAAACAGAAGCAUUUCUUCUACUUUCCAGUCAUAUACUUGUACCACCAGAGCUUUGAGCCCAUCGAAUACAAAGGCCCGAUGAAUGCCGUUUACAUUGAGAAAUUUGUUCGCCGCGUGAUGGCCCCACUGCUCUAUAUCUCAUCUCGAUCAAAGCUGCAGCAAUUCCUCUCCAAUUACGAGCCUGGAGUCUUGGGAUAUUUUGAGUUCAAUGCUUCACCCCAACCUCCUGGUUAUCUGACAUUCUUCACUUCAGCGUUGCAUUCCUUAAGUAAAGAUUACCUGGGAACCAUCCACUUUGGAGUAAUCACAGACCGGCUGAUCGCAAAGGAAAUUCCAUUGGCCAACUCAGGAAGCAUCUACUUGCACAGACACAUCAAUGCAUCUCUGCUGUAUCCACAUGAAGCCACGAACUAUACUGCUGAAAACAUCUGCAGAUGGGCCCUGGAGAACCAGGAGACGUUUGUCCGGUGGCUGAGACCCCACGGAGGAAAAAGCCUUUUGCUGCACAGUGAGCUCAAGAAGGGGCCGGCGCUCUUCCUGUUUCUCCCUUUCAACCCAUUAGCGGAAAGCCAUCCCCUUGUGGAUGAGAUCUCCAAACUGGCGCUGGAAUACAACAGCUGCAGUAGAAGCCAUGAGGGAGACCCAGACGUGUUCGGAGGAGACGCGGCGGCUGCUGGCAGCCAGCUCCCUGGGGCUGACCCCUUCUCCGCCUCCGAGUCCCCCUGCUGCCACACAGUGGUGCUUCCUCCCCAGUGGCACGCCUUCUCUCGGACCCACAACGUCUGCGAGCUCUGUAUCAACCAGACGGCUGGAGUCAAGCCCAGCCGCCUGGGUGGGCUGCAGUGCAACUUCUUGGAGAUGGAGGCGGCCUUGGACUCUUUCUACCUCCAGGAACGGACCUUCUUCCAGAUUGCCUCCAAGACCGCUUCCUUGUGUAGCAACUUCCUUAGUUUCUACAGCCCUUUCAGCUUCUACACUGCCUGUUGCAGGACGGUCAGCAGCGGCCCGCUGGGCUUCGGUAGCUCUGAGAAGGCGGCUGUCCUGCCCCUGGAAGUGGCGCUUGCUCCCCAUGGGAUGAACUGGGCAGGCAAGCCCCAGAGCACUAUUCCUCACAUUGAGGAGGGGAGUGGUCUUCUCCCAGAAAGGUUCCUCUCUACUCCCAACAUUUCCGGCCUGAGUUGCAGGACCAACAAGACCUUAAAUCUCUAUCUGCUGGAUUCGAAUCUUUUCUGGAUGUACGCGGAGAGGCUGGGGGCGCCCAGGGCUGCCCCCGUGAAGGAGUUUGCUACCAUUGUGGACCUCAAGGAAGAAAUGCACUAUAUCCUGGAUCAGGACCAAGCCGUGAUCAAAUCAAACCUAGAAACAUUUAUUCAAAACUACAGUGUUCUCUACAGUCCCUUGAAAAGGCACCUUGUAGGUGACAGCGCCAGGCCCAGCCGCCUUCCUGCUCAGCACAUCAUCCAAGAGGUGACCACGGACACUUUUCAGGAGGCAGUGCUGAAGAGUGAGAAGGACGUCCUGCUGCUGUAUUACGCUCCGUGGUGUGGCUUUUGCAUGUCUCUCAAUCACAUCUUCAUCCAGCUGGCUCAGAUUCUGCCUCCUGACAACUUCAUUGUGGCAAGGGUGGAUGUUUCUCGGAAUGAUCUUCCCUGGGAAUUCAUGGCCGAUCGCCUACCCACCAUUCUGUUUUUCCCUACCAACAGGCAGGCCCAAAGUGCAAAGUUUCCUGCAGACGUCCCAGUCACCCUACCGAACCUCCUUAAAUUCCUCCUCCUCCACACAAGCCCAGCAACCACCCCAUCUGGGUCAAAUCCCCAUCUCAGUGGCUGCCUUCAGAAAGAGACCGUGCUCCAUCAGGGACACAUCUCCCACCUGGAGAGGGAGAUCCAGAAACUGAGAGCAGAAAUCCAGGCCCUCCACCAGGCCCAGGCCCACCUCCAAGGCCAGCUCUCAGAAACCAGGAGAGAGGAGCAGAGGCUGCAGCUGGAGACACGGGUGCUGAAGAAGCAACAAGGCGCCCUGCAGAGCCACCGCGAACACUUGCAGGCUCUCUAUGAGCAGAAGGCCCGGGAGCUGGAAGCCAUGGCAGAGAAGCUCCAAGAGCUGGCAGAUGCCUCAGAGAACCUCCUUGCCGAGAACACGUUGCUGAAAGUCCUGGUGGCUUCCGUGGAGAGGAAACUGGAGACAAAGACUGAGCUGGAGAUCAGCCUGCCCAAGGAGGAUGUCGGGCCGGUCGUACCCACUGUGGAUGGCUUCCACGAAACAGAAAAGGCUGAGAAUGCCCACCUUGACCCCAGACUCACUUCGGAGCACAGUAAAGAAAACUGGACAGAAUAAUGUUUAUCGGACCAAGACACAUGAAGGGAAGCCUGCAAAAAUCAAGUUAUCUACCCAGGCAAGACUCUUUAUGGAAACUUUAUUGAAAUUUUAUCAUAAAGACUUAUUUUGCUGGACUAGAAAAAGAAAAAAAAUAUUUUUAUAAUGAGUCAGUGAACCAGAUCAACACAGUUUGAGGCCGGCAAUGUAACAAGUGGAGAAACUUUUUGCACAUUACAAUUGCACUAAUUUGAUAGCUUUUGUAUCAGUCCAACAUAAAUCAUCACAAUGUGGCUGGCACUUUAAAACUCUUCCCAGUAGUUACAAGCCAGGGCCAGUUUCGGCUCACAGCACUCUCUCUCUGUUUUUAACAUCUUAACGGAUGCUUCCUGGGAAGCCCAACUCGGUCACCUUCAAUGCUCUUGACUUGUUUACAGAAUUGAGGGGAAGCAUCUUGUUUGUGUACUUAGUAAGCUUUGAAGGGGUGGAAGAUUAAAGGGGUGGUCAUACCAGA